UCCAAAUGUCUGCUGUGAUGAAGGACCAUUAAGGGUGUUUCCUAGCCUGACGUGGUCAUACUCAGGUUCUAGUCAGAAUAUAAGUCUGAUACUGCUCCAUCGCGUGGUGGUCGUGGCACUAGUUGCAGUCUUCUCCUGAACAGAGGUGAGGAAACUGGACUGGAGGAACUGAGGAAAGGCUACCAACUUUGCUAUUUCUACGGACUAGAAGAAGAAGAAAAAAAAGGUAAACAACGGCAGAACUGGCAGCAGCAUUAAUGUCAAUGUCAACAGUGGCUAAGAUGAUGAAGAAGUGAAUGGAUGAGGAAGAACAGCUGCUUUUGAGCCUGCUUGCAAAGAAACAAAGAAAAAGAAGGUGGAAUGUUCGUCCUUUGAAUAACGCCAGACAUAAAUACAAAACCAGCCUUUAUAAGAGGCCUGCCGCCGUGGUUCAUGUUAGGUCUCCAGCAUGGACACGUUAACGUUUGAGAGGGAUAACCGGGAGCGCAUCCAGGCCGUGGAGAAUUCCUUUGGUCCAGCAGGGACGCCCCUAUCCAUUCCGGGUCGGGUUCUGAUGGGACAGGGCCGUCUGAUGAAGCAGGGCCGUCGGAAGCCCGAGCCGAAGGAUUUCUUCCUCUUCAACGAUGUGCUGGUGUACGGCAGCGUCUUCCUCAACGGCCGCUGGCACCGAAAGCAGAAAGUGGUCCCUCUAGCGGACAUCCAGUUAGAGGACAUGGAGGAUGGUGAGGGACUGAAAAACCAAUGGCUGAUGCGUACACCACGCAAGUCCUUUUAUGUGUCCGCCCUUUCAAUCGAGGAGAAGCGGGCCUGGAUGGAGCACAUCCAAGACUGCCAGUCAAACCUGCAGGGCGGCAGCAGCCAACCAGGUUCCACCUUUGCUGUUACCUGGAUCCCCGACAAGGCCGCCUAUAAAUGCAUGCGCUGCUUAGACAAGUUCACUACGACCAAGCGUCGACAUCACUGCCGAAAAUGUGGCUUUUUGGUCUGCAAAGCAUGCUCCAAGUAUCGAGCCGUGAUACACCAUAUUCACCCCACAAAGAGGCUGAGGGUCUGCAGCCUCUGCUACAUUAGGAAUGAGAAAGAGGAGCAUUCUCGCGUGAGGGGAGACAGCACUGAAAAGAGUAGCUCAGAGGAGGACGAUGAGGCAGCAUCCAGCGAAGAGAAGGAGGAAGAGGAGGAGGAGACAAAUCCGAGCUACGGUUCCAGCAGCUGGCUGGACGGGAUGGGCGUCUAUGUUUACCCGAGGCCAAUGCAUGAGCGGGCCCCAGUGUAACAUAACCACAACAACACUGCGACAGUCUGUCAGACGUAGUCUCACAUUGCCAGACCUAUCUCCACAGUGAUGGAGAAUGCUCUGGCUGCACUGCCUAUCUAUUCUCAGAUAUUAUUACUUUUUAACCAAUAACAAUCACUGAUAGCAAGAGGGGAGGGACAUCUGGCAUGGGAAAGACGCAUCCGAUGUCAGCGCUGUGGUAAAUUCUUAAAACUCAGUGACAUCAUGAUGUGAGAUGGUGUCAAACUGUAGUCUUUUCAAAGACUUGUCAGAGUCUUCUAGCAUAUGGUAGGCAUUACUCACUAGCAACUUUAUUUCUAAAAAGCAAUUAGCAACAAAUUAUGUGACUUUCGACCAUCAGGAAAAAAGUAAGAUAUAUUAUAUUGUAUAUUUCAAUUUCCCACGAACUAGCAUUUGGUGCAACAGUGGCGAGGCAAAACUUCCUUUAGGCAGAAACCUAGACAGACCCAGGCUCUUUGUGGGCGGCAUCUGUCACUGCCGGUUUAGAUACAGAAACUAAUACAGAUAUAGGUAAAUAUGAUUCAUUGUAAUUAUAGCAGUUGAUGCUAGAGUGAUGAAAAGUGGCACUUAUAUGUAUUAUAUUGUAACUCAUUCCCAUGCAUGCAGUUCAGAGUAAUCACAGUCCACGGCUCUUGUGCCAAAAGCACAGGGUCUCUCUCACUCCGCUUGUGGUGUGAGCAACAGGCAGUCGGCCAACACAGCCACUGAACUUGCUUUCAUUGGAAAAGAGUUGGCAACGCUGGACUACUCAGAUGUAGCCAACGUUUACCAUCAUUUAGCAUCAUUAAGUAUUGUAUUUAACAAUGAAAUGAGUAUUGCCUUAAAAAUUUGUUUAAAAGUUAUCCUUAAAAAUGAAAUUGUGUGUUGUAUUUGCACCUGCCACCAUGCACUUUUUACACUGGGAGGCUUCAAGUCAAAAAGCACCUUUAUCUUCUCCGAGUGUUAUUGUUAUUUGAUGUCAGGGGAUGUUGAGAACAGUUUAUUUAGGGCCUUUGUACAA